UGAAUGCCUUAGAGAAAAGAAAGUUGUCAAACAGGCAGAACUUUAUGGCAUUUGAGUCAGGAAUCCAUGGUUUCCAUUUCAUCAUUUCCACACCUCGCGUACUCCGAUCACAAGAACUGUCUAAAAACGACAUUAAUAUUUUACAGUUAACGGUUCGUACGGUAGUCAGGCCUGGGAGACUGACGAGGGAGAUCCAAUUUGCUUUCCAACGUGUCAUGCGUUCCUCUUUGCCAUAAUGGAGAAUGUUGGUGGCUGGAUGGAGCACUCUUGGACUAAAUUGAUUAUUUGUGCAUCGCAUACUCUCCGCGGAUAAUUUGCCAACUGAUGGCUAGGUCUGUAUCUGAAAAGCCUUUGUGCUUAUGCUGAGGCAAAAUGUCUCUUCAAAAGUUGGAUUCUGAAUAAAGUCGCGUCCUUCUCCGGCCCAUGGACGGCCAAAAACAAAGAAAGAUGACAGCAUCGAAGGUGCUUGGGUGAUCGCGCCAUCUAAAGCCUUGAAAUCCCGAGGAUUUGAUCAGAGCAUACCGAUAGACUCUCGCAAACUCUCUUCUCGUCUCACUGUUGGCUACGCCGCCAUAUUGGCAGCGCUUCAUAGGCCUCCAGUUCAGACUUUGACAAAAUGUUUUCAUUUUCAAUUCUGUGGAUUUUUCUUGCGGGAGUUGGGGCGAGAUAUCAGCUGCCUGUGGGAAUAGUCAUCAACGAGCCUGACAUGAAACGAGCUUACGACUUCGCCACGGCACGGAUAAAUGAACAGAGCAUGAAAAAUCGCAACGCGUAUCGGUGGCAUCCUAUAUUGAAUGACAAUCUGACAGAUAUGGAUGAUAACUACAAGUUGAGCGAAACAUUGUGUAAUCUGAUGAACAAAGGCGUGGCAGUGAUUAUUGGUGCCAACAACGCACAGUCGUUCAACACCAUCCAGUCAUUCAGCCAUGCCCUCAAAGUGCCUUACAUCGUCCCAACCUCCACGAGAUCUGAGCCAUAUGACUAUUAUGGUUAUGAAGUUUCCAUGGCACCUCCUUUGAUUGAUGCAGUGAUCAAAGUUAUUGACAUUCUUUACUGGCAGAAAAUAUAUUAUGUGUAUGACUCGGAUGAUGGUUUAUGGCGUCUACAGAAGUUGUAUAACCACAUCCAAGAACGGAAGUUUCCCCGGGUGUUAGACGCAUUCCGGAUACGGGAUGUGAACAAUUCGUACGACCUGCUUCGUCACCUUGACUACAAAGACGAGGAGGAUUCGCUACGUAGAAUCGUCCUUGAUCUAUCGUCGACUAGUGCCUACGAGAAGAUACUUACCCAGAUUAUAGAUGUUGGAAUGAACAGAGAAAACUACCACUAUAUCCUAGCCAGUCUGACCGCCUAUGACCUGAAUAAUCAAAAAUUCUUUGAUGUAUUUAAAUACGGAGGUGUAAACAUAACAGCCUUUAAAAUCAUACAAGAUACAAGUGACGCGUAUAAAAAAGCUGAGCAGUUGUGGAAACAGCACAAAUCGUACUAUCCGGACCUCUUCCCUUUAUCGACAGAGGCAGCCUUGCUUCUCGACACGGUGGCAGCUGUACACAAAUCGUUACAAAUCGGUGCGCUCCGGAACAAGCAGGGUGAUGUGGACAGCGUGCAUUGUUGGAGACCCGGCCAUUCCAAGUCGGAGAAUGGACCACGUGUUCUUCAAAAGAUAAAACAGUCAUCAUUUAAUGGACUAACAGGAGGUGUUGCAUUCGAUAUAACGGGAAUGAGAAACGACUUUAAAAUUGAUGUGUAUGAACUAACCCACAAGAAGGACUUUACACAGAAACAGUCGUGGAACAGAAGAGAGCUGUAUGCAGUGAACGAGACGCUAUAUCAACCUAGGAAUGAUUCAGCUGAAAACAGGACUCAACAAGUUACCACGAUCAUGGUAUCGCCAUUUGUAAUGAAGAAAAAAAUUACAAACGGUGAGCCUCAAGUCUCCGGUAAUGGCCUGGAAGGCUUCUGUAUAGACCUCAUACGCCUUGUCGCCAAACAAGCGAAUUUUGACUUUGCGAUUAAUAUCGCCCACGAUUAUGGCAGAAAGAAUGAAACCACCGGUCAGUGGUCAGGCAUGGUUGGAGAACUUAUCAAUCGUACACGACAGAUUGCUGUAGCACCUCUGACCAUCACUGAAGAUCGGGAGAGGGUAGUGGACUUCUCCAAGCCUUUCAUGAACACAGGAAUCAGUAUCAUGAUCAAGAAACCCGAUAAAGUGAAACCAGGCGUUUUCUCCUUCAUGGAACCGUUGGACCGAUAUGUCUGGCUGUGCAUAGCUGUUGGGUUCCUGAGUGUCAGCUUUGUGCUCUUCUUCGUUGGCCGCUUCAGUCCUUUCGAAUGGACUGUGGAUGGCAAUGGGAAGAAAGAAGCCAACAAUACCUUCACUAUUUCCAACACAAUGUGGUUCUCUCUGGGAGCUUUGAUGCAGCAAGGGUCUGAUAUAUCUCCAAGGUCUCUGUCUGGACGGGUGAUCGGCAGCGCCUGGUGGUUCUUCACUCUUAUCAUAAUAUCUUCCUACACAGCCAAUUUAGCAGCCUUCUUGACUAUUGAGAAGAUGUUAACACCUAUUGAUUCCGCAGAUGAUUUAGUAAAUCAGAAAGAGAUCAAAUAUGGAACGUUAAAAACAGGAACCUCGUGGGAGUUCUUUAAGGAUUCAGAAGUCCAGGUUUUCAGGCAAAUGUAUGAGACAAUGGAAACUAAUAAAAACGAAGUGCUGCUCAGUGACGUCGAGCUUGGAGUGGAGAAAGUUAGGCAGUCAAAAGGAAAGUAUGCGUUUAUGUUGGAGUCUUCGAUGAACGAUUUCCACAGUCAGCAAGAACCAUGUGACACGAUGAAAGUUGGUGUCAACUUGGACAACAAAGGCUACGGGAUAGCAACUCCCAUAGGAUAUCCUUUAAGAGAUGAAAUUAAUAUUGCUGUGCUUGAGCUACGAGAGAUAGGAGAACUCCACAAACUCAGAAAAAAGUGGUGGUAUGACAAGGGUAAAUGUGGAGACGUUGAUGGAUCAAAGGACGCUACCCAGAGCGCUCUAACGUUGAGCAAUGUAUCUGGAAUCUUCCACAUCCUCAUCGGGGGACUCGUCCUGGCAAUGAUUACAUCAUCUUUGGAAUAUUUAGCACAGAAAAAAUUAAAAGCAAACCGUGCCAAGGAAAAUGCCAAAACACAAGCACGUACAAAUGCAAACCAAAACCCAGUGAGAAGGGAAAACUUUGAAUCCUUUAAUGCUGGCGCUGCAUUUUCUCCUGAACAGGAGAACGGAGGGGUACUGUUUCGACAAUGACUUGUUUGAUACAAGGCAAACAGAAGUACCACUUUGCACCAGCUGGGCAGCUCAUCACCUUUGAGAGUCCGCCGAUGGGUAACCAAACGGAAAUCUGAACAUAUCACAAACUGCCAAACUAUUCCCAUGAAGUCUCUGUUCUUUGAUGAAUGGACAGUGUAUGAUUCUUCCAGCAACUAUUUUCUGACGAAUUUAGUGCUAUUAAAUUCGCACGAUCCUUUUCACUGAACAAUGGAUAAUAAUGAUGUUCUAUGUGUCUUAUCAAUACUAGGUUUGCGUCAAAGAGACAUUUAAUAUGAGGAUAACCCUGGCGGAUAAUACUUGGUACAACACAAAUGUCAACGCAAGAGAAAAAUGGGAAGACAUCAGUCACAACAUAAAUGUACCUAUGUGACAUGUGACACUUAUUUAAAUUACAUGAGCAUUUUGACUCUGUAUUAGGUAGAACUGGUAUUAAUACAGACUGGAUGCAGUCACUAUUUCCGAAAAACUCUUUAUUUGAUAAGGUGAAAAAGAGAGGCAUACUUUAAUGGGUUUUCAAUGGCAGACACUUUACAUAAUGUUUUAUCAUGAACUAGAGACUUCAGAUUAGUGCUAUUCAGUCACACAUUCCAGCACUACUUGUCCACAUUUCCAUGUGUGUAUAGUCCAUCUGUAUCAUGGUACAUAUGUUAUUCAUUCUUCCAAUGCUUAACUGUUUUGUUAUGUAACACUGUGAUAACUUGACACGUUUUGUUGUACACAACUUCAAUGGUUUAUUGAAAUCUCUACUCUCUGCAGGUGUUGUCAUGGUAACUUUCACAUAAAUGCACAAACCACUAGUAACUAAACUGGUUCUUUCAGCGUCAGAAAUACCCAAGUGUCGAAAUACUGCAUUUAUGACACAUUAAUAGAUAACUGUUGAAAUGUUUGAGGUAGUCAUGUAACACUCAAUGACAUACUCGGAAAACCACUUUAAGAUAUUUACAUGAAGCCAAGGAUUUGCUAUGUGAAUAUACGGUUUUGUUCAAUCUCUAAAAUAAAUAUUAGACUUCUGAAGUCACUAAUCAUAAGUAUAAUCCCAGCUUGUUUUGUAUUUAGAGUCUGUAUUUGUAAAUAAUAUGUACAGAUGCCCUGUUGAUAUAUUUUAUACCGGAAUCAUCCAAAGGUGAUCAGUUGCAAAGAAAAUCACUUGUCUGUGUGUUGUAGUUUAGCUGUUGUGUUUGACCUCCAUUGUAAAUACCAUCUGUAUUACUUGUUUACAAAUUGUACUGCACAAAGCUGAUGUGUUCUUUGACUUGUCGGUGGUGAUAUUUAUAUUAGAUUAAGUUGUUUUGCCUUAAAUAGUAUUAAAACCAAUUUUAUACAA